UUGCGAAGGUAGUGGUAGUGGUGGUGUGCUGGAGGGAGCAAGUGUUUCCUUUGGGUUAGCUGGCUGUUAGGUUUGGCCACAACAUUCUGUCUAUAUCUGUCAAGUUUGGCGCAUAUCUCACAGGCGUUUCAUUCCCUUGCUAUAUUUUAUAGUUUCUACAUGUUCUUAUUGCAAACUGUUUUGCGAGGUGAACCUAACCUUGUCUGAAAAGCAUCUUUGAUAGCACGAAAUUACGAUGCCAUCCCCGAUGGAGGGAUCUUCCAGAGAAGGUGACCUGUUUACUGUGAAACAUGAGCUGAAAAAUGCCAACCUGACGGGCCAUGUAGAGAGGGUGGGCAUUGAAAACUUUGAGCUGUUAAAGGUGCUGGGCACAGGAGCCUAUGGCAAAGUGUUCCUGGUGAGGAAAGUGAGUGGUCAUGAUGCAGGAAAGCUGUAUGCCAUGAAGGUUUUGAAGAAGGCUACUAUUGUACAAAAGGCAAAGACUGCUGAGCACACACGGACAGAGCGGCAGGUGCUGGAGCACAUCCGCCAGUCUCCAUUCCUCGUCACACUUCACUAUGCCUUCCAGACAGAUACCAAGCUGCACCUCAUUCUCGAUUAUGUAAAUGGUGGGGAGCUCUUCACACAUUUGGUGCAGAGGGUGCGAUUUAAGGAGCAAGAAGUAGCUCUGUACAGUGGAGAGAUUGUGCUGGCACUGGAGCAUUUACACAAGCUUGGGAUUGUCUAUCGGGACCUGAAACUUGAGAAUAUUUUAUUGGAUUCAAAUGGACAUAUAGUUCUCACAGACUUUGGCCUCAGUAAGGAAUUUGAUCAGGUGGAAAGAGCUUUCUCUGUCUGCGGCACAAUUGAAUACAUGGCUCCAGAGAUUGUGGAGGGAGGAGAGUCUGGACAUGACAAGGCAGUGGACUGGUGGAGCCUCGGCGUGUUGAUGUACGAGCUUUUGACUGGCGGAUCACCCUUCACAGUUGAUGGAGAUGAGAACUCACACACAGACAUUGCCAAGAGGAUUUCAAAGAAGGAUCCUCCUUUCCCCAAAGAUAUGGGACCACUGGCCAAAGACCUCAUCCAGCGACUCCUCAUCAAAGAUCCAAAGACGAGAUUAGGCUCAGGUCCUAAUGGAGCAGAGAAUGUAAAGAAACACCCUUUUUACCAGAAAAUUAACUGGGAGGACUUGGCAGCUAAGAAGGUGCCGGCCCCAUUCAAGCCAGUGAUUCGGGAUGAGCUGGACGUCAGCAACUUUGCAGAAGAGUUCACAGAGAUGGACCCCACCUACUCCCCUGCGGCUCUGCCUCAGAACUGUGACCGCAUCUUCCAGGGCUACUCUUUCAUGGCCCCCUCCAUCCUGUUCAAGAGGAAUGUGGUGAUGGACGACCCUGUCCAGCUGUGUGGGGGCUCUGAGAGGCCAGGCUCUGCUGCGGUGGCCCGCAGCGCCAUGAUGAAGGACUCACCCUUCUAUAUGAGUUAUGAGAUGGACUUGAAGGACAGCGCGCUGGGUGAAGGCAGCUUCUCCAUCUGCAGGCGGUGCACACACAAGAAGACUGGACAGAAGUACGCAGUCAAAAUUGUCAGCAAGAGGAUGGAGGCACAGACUCAGCGGGAAAUAGCAGCCCUGAAGCUCUGUGAUGGCCACCCUAACAUUGUCAAGUUACAUGAAAUUUACCACGACCAGCUCCACACAUACCUGGUUCUGGAGCUGCUCGGUGGAGGUGAGCUGCUGGAGAGGAUCCGCAGAAAGCAACAUUUCAGUGAAACAGAGGCCAGCCGCAUCAUGCGCAGACUGGUGUCUGCCGUCAGUCACAUGCAUGACGUAGGAGUGGUGCACAGGGACCUUAAACCGGAGAACCUGCUCUUCACAGACGAGAGUGAGAACUCUGAGAUAAAAAUCAUAGACUUUGGCUUUGCUCGCCUCAAACCACCAGACAAUCAGCUCCUGAAGACUCCCUGCUUCACCCUGCAGUACGCUGCACCAGAGAUACUCAAAUAUGAUGGCUACGAUGAGUCCUGCGACCUGUGGAGUCUGGGGGUCAUUCUGUACACCAUGCUGUCUGGCCAGGUGCCUUUUCAGUGUCAGGAGAAGAGUCUGACCCACACUAGUGCUGAGGAAAUUAUGAAGAAAAUCAAACAGGGGGACUUCUCUUUUGAGGGGGAGGCAUGGAGAAAUGUGUCCCAACAGGCCAAGGACCUGAUACAAGAGCUGCUGACGGUGGACCCAAACAAGAGGAUUAAAAUGUGUGGCCUCCGUUACAAUGCCUGGCUCCAGGACGACAGCCAGCUGUCCUCCAACCCACUCAUGACCCCAGACAUUCUCGGCUCCUCCACUGCCUCUGUCCACACUUACGUCAAAGCUACCUUUAAUGCAUUUAACAAAUGUAAGCGGGAAGGUUUCCGUCUGCAGACGGUGGACAAGGCGCCGCUCGCCAAGAGGAGGAAGAUGAAGAAGACAAGUACCAGCACAGAGACCCGCAGCAGUUCCAGUGAGAGCACCCAUUCCUCGUCGUCCUCCUCCCAGUCUCAGGAGAAGACUUUUUCCGAGGGUGACGCCAACCCACAGCCCUCCAACAGCACUCCUCUCACCACCCCUGUCAACACACCCGUGGCCCUUGGAACAGACUCUAAGCACCAACCGGCGCCUCCAGCUUUUCAUUUCUCAGAAGGACAGUGAGACAGAGAGAGGAAAAGGGAGAUUCCGACAGUUUCACGAACAGCGGGAAGGCUCAGACCGGUGUAGAGACAGCUCUCUUCUCUUUCUCUGUCCCUGGCAGCUCUCUGCCUCUGGCUCAAUUGCAUGGACGUCCGCACGUCUCCAAAACCAAGCAUGCAGCAGGAGCAGCAACCGUCACCUCAGUAUCAAUCAGUCAAUCAUCACUAGCAAUAGCCUAUCCCUUUCUUUCUCUUUCACUUUCACACACAGACUGUAUCAAUCAGGGACUGGACCAGGAAGAAGUUGUCACCGGUGUCCAAAAUGAAAAGGGCUGCCCUACUGCCGCAGGUCCAGACAGACAAUGGAGAGACACCUUCAGUCUCGUCAUAAAAUCACAGCUCUGUUUGCUCCGUUUACCUGUCUAUGUCGACACCUCCAGAGGUUUUAAAGGGAAAGUCGUAGUGUUUACACCAUGGAUGCUUUGUAUUUUUUUGUCAAGGGAGAGAAGAAAUGCAGUGUGCUGCAGCGUUCACGUAACGUGGGUCCACUUGUCUUUUCUGGGAAGUCUCUGCAAGAUGGAGCAGGGUAUUUAUAUGUGAAUUUUACAGACUGAAAUUUAUUUAUGAUAAGCUAUAUUGUUAACUUAUUUAUGGUUCAGACUGAUCUGAAAAGAAAUAAUGGAUACAGUGAGUCUUUUAAAAAAAAAAAAGAUAUUUUGUGUAUGUGUGUAUGUUAUUCCCUAUCAGCUCAAAAGACUGUUUCAUGUAGUCAGAUGGUUGUUCAUAUCUCUUUGUAAUCUUCAUAGAUAUCAAUGCUUCUAGUCAGCUCUGGAGACACAGUUAUGUAAGAUUAUUAUAAGCAAGAAGAGAUUAACACCAUUAGCCACUGGUUAAUGAUUGUAAACCAGUGUGUUGAAUUUAUAUAACAGACUUUUGAAAUUAUUUAUGGAGCCUGGUGGAUUUUGGGGUUUAAUUGCAGCUGUGUCCAGUGGUCAAAAAAGGCAGUUUCCUUAUGUAUAAGGAUUUAAAGAAGCAAAAGUGUAAACAUGUUUUUGUAGAAAUAACCAAAUGUGGAUGUAGUCUGUUCAGCCAUAUCUGUGGUUUUAUUGUUGUAUGGGGAAUACUGCUGCCUGUGGGGAUGUGACCCUACAAGAAGAGCUAUAUUUAGACUUAUUUUUGCCUCAGAUGUGGGAGUAUGACUACUUCAAGACUCGGCACCGCUUCGGUUCCACAUAGGUCUGAUCCUCAAGUUAGUAUUUAGCCCAGCAGUGGAUUUGUGUGGUGUAAGACUUGCUUGUCUCAUUAUCACCAUGACCAAUUGGAUUGAGCAGAAUGUCCCAUAUGCAGAUCAGGUUAGUGCAAGGUGAACGCGUCAAGAAGUUUGAAUUUCCCGAUAUCCAAGAUGCCAAAGGGCAGCUUCAUGUGGCUUCCUUUUUCAGAUUAAAUGAGAUUAAAUAAUUCAGAAAAAGAGAGGUUCAUGUGCCAAAAUUAUGAAUUAUCAUUAGGAUGUUUUAAGGCAAUAUAGUGCAAAAAGUUGUCCCUUGUGUCACUGCCCUAAGUCUUAAAACUACUUCCCUUUAUGAAAACAUCAAGUUUUUGAGGACAGACCUGAAAAGAAAAAAACACUCCUUUUACUUUCAACACCGUCCCUCGCUCUAUUUACCAUGUUGUACUGCAUGACUGAAACGGUGAUCUUUGCACUGUGUGACAGCUCUCACUUUGAGGCAGAUAUCUGGUUAGUAUUAAGUCCUCAGUGCAUGAUGUGAACCGAAACAUCAGCCUCUUCUUUUUCUUUUUUAGGCAGUUCUUACUUGAUUUAUUGUGAGUUUGUUUACUUGCAUAUUUUGACUGUCCCCGAUUUAAUUGGGGACUUUGAAGUUUUACUGUUUGAAAUGUGAUGGAUGUAAACACCAAAACCCCCUUUACAAUAGCCUGAAUAUUGUAAUGUCCCAUUGUUACAAAACUGGUGUUAGCCAGAUACAGUAGUUAGGUGAUUGAAAUGCCAUGCUCUGUUAAUUGUUUUUUUUGCAAGUAUGUGUUAGUCUGUAUCCAUGGUAAUAGUUAAAACGCUGUAUUCUGUUGUACAGGGGUAUUUGUGAUCAGUAUGUGAAGUUGCCUAGAAACAGUUUCUCCUGCUCGGUUAGGAUACAAAUUCUUAGUUGGACUACUGUGUGCAUUUAAACACACUCCCUCAUCUUCUUCCAUUUUAAUGCACUCUGAAUCUGAACCAAAGCAUUAACUUCAAGGUAGCUGCUCUAAGCUGCAUGAGAUAUUUCCUUUCAUGCAAAUAUGCAAAUGCUUCAUAUAUCAUGGUUUCUGUUUGUUUUGUCCAAAUAGUGAAAAUAUGUUUGAUGUCUCUAGAACAGAUAAUUUUGUAAGUGUGUUCCUUAAGAGAUUCUUUACAGGAUCUAUAAUAUCCAUAUCCAGCACAUUAUCAUGCUUAGAACUAUGCAUCUCUUUUUUGCUGUUGUGUUGCUUUUGCCAUUACAAAAAGCUCUCACCAAAUAGGUUCAAACAUAGUGCUUAAAAGGGCGCAGCGCGAUGUACAUACACUGUACUGUUACUCAAACAGCAUCAGCCACAAUAGAAAUAGCAAAGUAGGAUCCAUUGCCCAUAUGAAAAGCUGGAAUUCUUGGAGCUAAACACUACAAAGCUCUUGUCUAACUUAGUUCGCAUGAGUUCCCCGUUGCUGCCUCAUUAAGCCUCUUUUCUUUUGUUUGGGUGUAUUAAUAGCUCAAGUGGAGGAAGAGGAAGAGUGUCCUAUAUUGAGCUCCCCUCUGGGAGCCAGGCUCUAUUAGCUGAUGUGCUGCAGUGCUGUUUGUUCCAAAGAAAAUACCAUACUCCACUCACUGCCUCUGUGGGACCCAGCUCACUUUCUUUGUAGGGAAAAUAAUUGUGUAUCACAGGAAAGGGUUGGUUUAGUACCAGUGUCUCUUGGGGUUGAUUUUUCAAACUAGCUCCUCCCUCCCUUUGAUGAACAAUCAAUGUUCAAUAUGCCACUCUGAGGAGAGAGGGAGGGAGACCAGUUAUAUAAGUUGAGGUCCUGUUGACUUUGGUACAUUAAUGUGUUGAUUUCCUGGAAUUUGAAUCAAAGUUCUUUGUCUGUCUACAGUGCUUCCUCUUUUUUUGUUGGCUAAGCAGCUAAGCUAAACCUUUAUACCUUUUUGCAGCAUUAAUUAGAGGGCUGAACUGUUUUGUAUAAACCAGUGACUGCUGUUGUACGUUUUAGAGUCAAGGGGUCAGGCUUGGGAUGCCUCUGUAUGGCUCUGUGUGAGGUUUCAUGUACGUGCUAAAGAGACAAGAUGUGGUUGCCAAAGUGACAUCUUGUAUGGUAAACAGUGCCACUUAGCUAGGUGUAUGCAGUUGUCUUUGAAAGUGAUUUUGAACAGAUGUGACUGGUGGUGUUAUUUUUGGUCACUUUUACUGUGGAGCUGUCCACGGUGCUGAAAUGGCCAAAAACAAGUAGCUUUCCACAAAGAGUUCUAGUAAUAUGAUCCUUUAAAGCAGUGACUCGCAACCAGGAGUACUGCAGUAGCUGAGCCAAUUUGAAAAAAAAGGGAAAAAACCAAACUGAAAAACAAAAAACAGAAUUUGUGUGAAAGAGGAAAAUAAAUCCACAAAUAGAAUUAUAAACUUGUAUGUAGUAUAUAUACAACAUGUCACACUUUCCAGUAAACUACCAGAUAUGAAAACUGCUUGCAAAGGACACAGUGGUUUGUGCCACUUGAAAUGGUAUUAUCAAUGUGAAUUUAACCAAAAUGUACUGGAAAAAUCGACAAAGCCUAAACAUCAACAAUUUCUGGAUCAAGUUAUGCAGUUUUAUAUGAUUUAUAGUGUAAAAUAACAUCCAGAUUAAUGAAUAAUGUGUGUGCUGGUUCACUACUAUAAAGGGUGAGCUAGCUUAAAAUACAAAAAUUACUAAAUCAAACUUAGACUAAGUUCCACUUAAACUAAGUUCCACUCACCCCUAUUAUACUGGUGGGGCAGCUGACAUUUCAUAGACUGAUCAUAGAGUCACAACCUGGAUUAAUAAAACCAAAGCUAAAUACCGGUUUUCGUGAAAAAUAUGGAUUUUAGGGGGAAAUUUGGGUGAACUGAUCGUGAAAUGUUUCUCUAUGGGGAAAUUCUAGGGACUUGAACAUGUGUUGUUUAGUUUAUUAGGUUUACUCAGCCAGUAUUGAUCUAUGUAAUGUUGGUGACAGAAGUUAAUGCUACAUGAAAAAGUUUAGUGUUUUUUUGCCUUGAUGCUUUUUGCCACUUUAGGCAUCAUCGUCAUCAUCCUCGUCGUCACCUCUGCUACCAUCAUGCAUGUGCUACAGCUUGAUUCCUGUAGAUCUUUCUGUCUUCACUGGUUCAUAUCGUUAACUGAAGCGUGUCAAAAAGUACUGUAGCAAUGAAUCCCUUUGAGAUUGGUCGAUAUUUAACUGUUUCAAAACACGCAAUCAAGCUUUAAGGGCAAAACUUUGCACUUGUAUGUUAUUUUAAAUCAUGCAAUUGAUUUUUUUGUAAAGGAAAAAAAAGUCCUCUUUGUUUUUGUGCAGGUUCAGACGUCUGUUUCUGUUGAUGGCUGUUGUCCAAUAUUUCCAAUAUGAUUCUCUUAAUACGAACCUCAACACCGGAAAGUACUUUUACUUAUUGCAAGGGUACACCAUGUGCAUACCUGCUUUUUUUAGGGCACUGUGAACAUCAUCAUUCAGGUCUUCAGGCAAACCAUUGAUGAUAUGAGGAAAAAAAUAACUUGAUUUGCUUCAAUAAAUGCUUUACUUGCUGGCUGAAUACAUCUGUACAUUUAAUAACCUGAAACAUGAUGAGUCUUUUAAUAGAGCCUUGGCUUUCAUUGUAUUUUCAAGUGUAUUUACAUCAUUACUGAAGAUAUUUUGUGAUACCAGGAUUUGUCUGUGUGAGUUGUCAGAAGGACAAUAAAUGUACGGUUUCUUGUUCAUUUAUUGAUCUUGACUAAUAAAUUAGGUACAAACCUUUGCAUAUUUAAAAAUGGUAUUCUAAUUUGAAGAGCAUGUUAGCAGCAUAGAUGGAAACUUUAUUUCAGCAGUCGGUCUCUAGAUGGCAGCGUUUAAUAAAGCACCACUAGGAGGAGAGUCUCCUGUGCAGCAUUGACUCCACUCAGCCUUUAUGUUUUACCUGUUAAUGAGUCAAAUAGACGAUUGUGUUGAAUAUGUUUAAAACAUAAAAGAUCAUUUUUCAUGAUGUCUAGCAGGACUAGAGACUAAUGUCUAUGUAUCAGGUCGAUUAAACCAGUUAUAACCAAAUUAAGAUUAUUAGUGUCUUAAAAAGUUAACUACAAGUACUGUAGAUGUCCAGUCAUUAUUAUUCAUUAAUUUCAUGCUCUGAUUAAAACAGUCACAUACAGUUGACCUGACAAAAGGUUUCCUGUCUCUUUAAUUUGAAGAUCAAUCUAUUUUUAAGAUUGUAAAUAUACUAUUGUGAGAUUUAGGAAUCGUCUUUUUGUGGAAGAACUGAAUGAACUCAUGUAACAUGGCUAAGAAGGGAUUUAUUGAUUACUUGUAGAGUAACAAUAAAUGUACAUUGUUUGUGUUUUCCUGCA